GGCUGCCUUCCCCGCCCAGGAAGCUAAGUUACCAGUCCUGUUGGACUCGUCCUACCCGGGAGGGACCAGUGCAGGUCCUGGCUCUCCCCAGUGUCCUCUCCUUGGCGCCAGCACCAUGGACACCUUGCGGGCUCUGCCACUCUUCCUGCUCCUGGGGGUCUUUGCCACUCCUGGGCUUCAGCAAGCCAAUUCCACCUCUGCCUCCUCCUCUUCCUCCUCGGGCUCCAUCAGCUCCUCCUCCCACGGCCACACUUCAAAAGUGCCCCCCAUCAACGGCCCCAGCCACCAGACUCCAGGGUCACCACCCUCUGCUGAAAUUCCUGAUUCCCAGCGGUUUCCCGAGACCCUGAAUCCGAAGGAUGUGCCUCAGUCCCUCUGGUCAAAUGUUUCUGCUGACAGCCGGCAGUGGAGCUCAGAGCUCACCUUCUCUGAAAUUCCUGGUUCUGAAGCAUUUCCUGACACCUUGGAUCCUCAACUUCCAGCCAAAGGCCCUGCUCCCUCCUCUGUUAAGACCCCAGCUUCAAACACUUCUGCUCAAGUCCCAGACACCAAAGUAUCCACUGGGGGCCCGGGCUCAAAGCUCCCCACUAAAAACCUGGACCUUGAACUCUCUGGCCCGAACUCCGAAUCCAAAGUUUCCUUGGUGACCCACCCAGCCGCAAGCUUCCCCCAGCAGGUCGGGGGCCCCCUGGCUGUGCUGGUGGGGACCACCAUCCGGCUGCCCCUGGAUCCAAUGCCUUACCCCGGCCCCCCUGUCCCCCUGGUGGUCUGGCGCCGCGGCUCCAAGGUGCUGGCAGCUGGGGGCCUGGGGCCUGGGGCUCCCCUGAUCAGCCUGGACCCUGCUCACCGAGCGCGCCUGCGAUUCGACCAGGCCCGAGGGGGUCUGGAACUGGCCUCUGCCCAGCUGGCUGACGCGGGAGUCUACACGGUGGAGGUCAUCCGGGGCGGGGUCUCUCGGCAAACCCGAGAGUUGCUGGUGGGCGUGUACGAGCCCCUGCCCCAGCUCUCGGUGCAGCCCCAGGCCCCUGAGACAGAGGAGGGGGCGGCCGAGCUGCGGCUGCGCUGCGUGGGGUGGAGGCCUGGCUGCGGGGAGCUCACCUGGAGCCGGGACGGACGCGCCCUGGGGGCCGGGAACCCCGAGGGAGCAGAGCCGCCCCGGAUCCGCGCCGAGGGCGACCAGCUGCGCCUGGCGCGCCCCGUGCGCAGCGACCACGCUCGGUACACGUGCCGCGUGCGCAGCCCCUUCGGCCAGGCGGAGGCCGCCGCGGAUCUCCGCGUCUUCUACGGGCCCGACCCUCCGGUCAUCACGGUCGCCUCGGAUCGCGACGCCGACCCCGCGCACUUUGUCACAGCGGGCAGCAACGUGACCUUGCGCUGCAGCGCCGCCUCACGGCCGCCCGCCGACAUCGCGUGGAGCCUGGCGGACCCCGCCGAGGCCGCAGUGCCCGCGGGCCCGCGCCUCCUGCUGCCCGCCGUGGGACCUGGCCACGCCGGCGCGUACGCCUGCCUGGCUGCGAACCCGCGCACCGGCCGCCGCCGCCGCUCGGUACUGGACCUCACCGUGGCGGAUCUGCCCCCCGGGUCCCCACAGUGCUCGGUGGAAGGGAGUCCCGGGGACCGCAGCCUCCGCUUCCGCUGCUCUUGGCCCGGCGGGGUUCCCGCCGCCUCCUUGCAGUUCCAGGGUCUCCCCCAAGGCGUCCGCGCGGGCCCUGCGCGCUCAGUGCUCCAGGCCACCGUCCCCGCCCACCCUCGGCUCGGCGGCGUUCCCGUCACCUGCCUCGCUCGCCACCUGGCUGCCACGCGCACCUGCACUGUCACCCCGGAGGCCCCCCGGGAGGUGCUGCUGCAUCUGCUGGUGGAAGAGACGCGCUCAGGAGAGGCAGAGGUGGUCCUGCAGGCCUCUGGCUGUCACCAACCCUCCCGAGCUUUCUGGGCCCGGGAAGGCAGGCCCCUGGCUCCGGGAGGCGGGGGACGCCUGCGGCUCAGCGGGGAUGGGUGCAGACUCCUCAUUGGCAACUUCAGCCUGGACUGGGACCUGGGAAAUUACUCCGUGCUGUGCAGCGGGGUGCUGGGUGCGGGGGGCGACCAGAUCACCCUCAUUGGCCCUUCCAUUUCCUCCUGGAGGCUGCAGAGAGCCCGAGGCGCAGCAGUGCUGACUUGGGAUGUGGAGCGCGGGGCCCUGAUCAGUGGCUUUGAGAUCCAGGCGCGCACAGAGGGGGCCGACCUCAGCAGGGCAACCGCUUACAGGAACUGGGUCUCCCUGCUAGUCCUGGGGCCGCAGGAGCGGUCAGCCGUGCUGUCUCUCCCUCCUGGGAGCCCCAGGACCUGGGCUUUGCGCAUCCUGCCCCUGCUGGGGACUCAUCCAGGGACUCCAUCACAAAUCCGACUCUACCAGGCAGGUCCCAUCCUGGGCCCUGGGGCCAUCAUUGGCAUUGUCCUGGGCUCUCUCCUGGGCAUGGCCCUGCUGGUCACACUCAUUCUCCUGUGUGUCUGCUGCCUGCUGCACUGUAGAGGAAAGUCUCCUAAUUUGGAAAAGAAAUAUCCCCCGACCUCGGCGCCUGUGGUCUUCACCCCAGAAAAGGAGACGUGUGGUGUGACCCCAGUGCAGACCCCACAACUGCCGCCCUUCACAUUUCUGCAGGAAGACCCCAGCCCAGCCAGGGCCCAUCCAGCCGCCGGCCCCAAGACCCCCAAGACUGUCAUCACUCCAGCUGGGGGCCCCAAAACUGUCCGAGCAGCCACGCAGGUGUGAUCCGCACCAGGAGCCCCCUCUGCGCUAGGAAUUUGGGGCCAAGACUUCCUGUUUUGCUCCGUAUCCAGUAGGGCCUGCUGUGCCUGGGAGUUGGACCCCAAAAGUGAGACUCCUAUCUUCCCCUCUUGUUGGAGAAGACUCAGCCUGUGUCUGUGCAACUACGCAGUGUGGUCUGCACAACCGAGGCCCCACAGCAGCCAGGCCGGCCUGCUGCGCUGCUCCCGACUGGUAGAGGAACCUGGCUGGGUCUCUGGCUGCACUUCCUCCUCCACUUCUGGCACAGCUCCCAGAGACUUCAUCCUAAGGCAGAUCAGAUCACCUCCCUGUCCUUUUCAAGGCUUCCAGGGCUGUAAGCUGCCCUUCAGGCGUUAUCCACACCCUCCUCCUGACCUGCAAGGUCUCCUGGUUUGGCCUGGCCUGUGUCGCCGCCCGUGACCUCCCUUCCUGAGACUGACACCUCCUCGGGGACACAGGCUUUCUCCCAGCCUUGCUUCUGCUCCCACCAGCACUUUGCCAGGGCACUUCUCCUCCUGCGGCUCACUCGGCGAGGUCAAGGCCACCAUGCCUAUCUCAGGAGACCUUUUCCUUUACCUUGGUCAUAGGUUCAGUCCCAGCAUCCCUGAACUUCCCCUGCUCAUGUGCAGGGAUAUAAUUCCUCCAGUAGCUCAGAUCCCCUCAACAAAAGUUCACGAAGACGAAAACCACACCAUUAUCUGAGCACUUAACGCAGGGCCUGGCACACACCAGACAAUCCAUACACAUUUGCUGAUUGAUCAAGCGCUUUGGUGCCAGUCAAGAGAGCUGCCUGUGUCCUCCCCAGCACGAUGCCUCAUCCUGGCUCAGCACCUCAAUGGCCCCAUCCAGGACCUGGACCCUUUGAAUCUUUCAGCUCUGCCACUAUUUGUUGAGGGGUACCGGGGAUCGAACUCAGGUCCUUGCACUUGUGAGGCAGGCAGUGGAGCCACUGAGCUAAAUCCCCGGCCCAGCUCUGCCACUUUUUAAUGGGUUGGUGUAGUUUAUCCACAUGUUGCCUCCUGUAGUAAAAUGGCUCCUGCCGUUCCGUUUGUCACAUCUUCA